ACCCGCUCUCUGAAGUCUCCGUCCCACUUUCCCUUUUUGUCCGUGUGACGGCAGGUAGAGGCGCAGUGCGGCGGGGCUGCAGCACUCACACGCCGGACUCAACCUGUUGGACUGCUGCUCCAAGACUCCCUCUGCGCGUCCACAAACAACUGGCCCUCCUCCUCACAACUCUCUCAACCACCUGGAUGUGUUUGCGCACUCUUCUUUUUACAGUUUUUAUGAGUUGGAAUGAAAUUCUCCUGAACUGAGGCUGCUGUAAUGAGAUCCUCUGUCCUAGGAUCAGUUUGCGCUCUGCUCUUGCUGUUGCGGGAGCCUGCAUGCCGCGGUGAUGAGGUUACCUCCAGCACAGUGAACCCAUGCUGUUAUUUACCCUGUCAGCACCGAGGUGUGUGUGUGACGUAUGGCGAGAACAAGUACGAGUGUGACUGCACUCGGACCGGCUACAGCGGAGAAAACUGCACCGUCCCCGAGUUUUGGACCAGAGUGCGGCAGUUCUUGAAGCCUGGCCCAGAUGUGGUGCAUUACAUUCUCACCCACUUUCGCUUGCUGUGGGACAUCAUCAACUACACCUUCCUACGGGACGUCCUCAUGCGGCUGGUUCUAACAGUGAGGUCCAACUUAAUACCCAGUCCGCCGACCUACAACUCAAAAUAUGGCUACCUCAGCUGGGAGUCCUACUAUAAUCUGAGCUACUACACUCGGAUUCUCCCUCCUGUGCCAGAGGACUGCCCUACACCAAUGGGGGUCAAAGGCAUGGCUGGGCUGCCUGACCCUGAGCUGCUGGUUGAGAGGCUGCUGAAGAGGAGGACGUUCAGGCCCGACCCUCAGGGCUCCAACCUCAUGUUUGCCUUCUUCGCGCAGCACUUCACACACCAAUUCUUUAAGACCUACAACCGCAUGGGUGUGGGCUUCACUAAGGCUUUAGCACACGGGGUGGAUGCCGGGCACAUUUAUGGAGACAACCUGGAACGUCAGCUCCAGCUCAGGCUUCACAAAGAUGGAAAACUCAAGUAUCAGAUAGUUGACGGCGACAUGUACCCUCCCUCUGUAGUGGAUGCACCCGUUAGGAUGAGCUACCCCCCUGGGAUCCCUCCCGAGGGUCAGAUGGCCAUUGGUCAGGAAGUGUUUGGACUCCUUCCUGGUUUGGGGAUGUACGCCACGCUGUGGCUGAGGGAGCAUAACCGCGUAUGUGACAUCCUGAAGGCAGAGCAUCCCACCUGGGAUGAUGAGCAGCUUUUCCAGACCACACGCUUCAUCAUCAUUGGUGAGACAAUAAAAAUAGUGAUCGAGGAGUACGUGCAGCAGCUCAGCGGAUACCUGCUGCAGCUCAAGUUUGAUCCCACUCUGCUGUUUAACUCCAACUUCCAGUACGGGAACCGUAUCGCUCUGGAGUUCAGCCAGCUCUACCACUGGCACCCCUUGAUGCCCGACACCUUCGUUAUAAACGGAGAUGAACUGACGUACACGCAGUUCCUCUUCAACACGUCUGUUCUCACACAUUACGGUAUUGAGAAGCUUGUGGAUGCUUUCUCUCGACAAGCUGCAGGACAGAUCGGUGGUGGCCACAACAUCAACGCUGUUGUGACCAAAGUGGCUGUGGGGGCCAUAAAGGAGUCCCGCCAACUCCGCAUACAGCCCUUUAACGAGUACAGGAAGUAUUUUAACCUCAAGCCGUACACAUCCUUCAGACAAUUCACUGAUAACGAGGAGAUAGCGCGCAAGCUUGAGGAACUCUAUGGCGACAUUGACGCUCUUGAAUUUUAUCCUGGUCUGCUGUUGGAGAAGACACGACAAGGGACCAUAUUUGGAGAGAGCAUGGUGGAGAUGGGCGCCCCCUUCUCCCUUAAAGGCCUUCUGGGAAACCCGAUAUGUUCUCCAGAUUACUGGAAGCCCAGCACCUUUGGGGGCAAAGUUGGAUUUGACAUAGUGAACUCUGCCACUCUGAAGAAGCUGGUCUGUCUGAACACCAGGACGUGUCCUUAUGUGGCGUUUAGAGUACCAACAGAGGAGCAGUCACACAGAGGGAAGGAUGACAGUGAAGUAAGGACUGAUGAGCUUUGACUCUUUGCAGACACCUGAGGGUUAGGAUUUGAGAAGCCUAUAUGAAGGUUAAAGAGGCUGCUGCUAAGAAAACAAACACAUGUUGAAGAUGUCUGUGCGGAGAACAUACAGUCACGUUUGUUUGAACAGCACUGAAGAAUCAUACAGGACUCAGGGCUCAAUAUGAAAACUCACCUCUUCCUUAACUUGCUCACUCUGUCUAACACACGAACAAACACAUCCGUGAGGACAUUAGUCUUUUUUUUUUCAAUGCUUUGUGCCUGAGGACUGAAAAACCAUCAUGUUCCCACUGUCCAGUAAAAACCAAGUAUGUACUGUCUGUAGGUUUAUUUUGAAAAAAGAAAAUUGCAACGCUAUAUAACCAUUAAUUGGAAUAAAACAAUAGACACAAA